AAAUCAAAACAUCUCUCAGCUUUGGGUUUGGAUGAUGGGAAGUAGGAAGGGCAUUAGAUGGUGACGAUGCUAAAAGAGAGAGAUAGGAAGCUGAGAAAGGAGAAGCAUGGGAACUGGAUCAUGAGCUCAGAAUGGAGCAGUUCUAUGAUUUCACAUCAUAGAUUGAAGAUUCAUUAUGAUAUGCAUUGCAAAUCGCUGGAAAUGCAAGCUUGAAAAUCAGAUGAGAGAAUAGGAUUGAAAGAACAUGGCACUGCAUGAAGAAUUCACCUAAAAUUGGACAUAAUGAUGUCAUCCAAGCCAACAGCCUUCCCCAGAAUGUGUGAAACCAAACCUAAUCCCUACCCACCAAGCUACUCUACGGCUCCUGGGUCUCAACAACCUCUGAGUUUCAUCAGCCUAGGAAACCAAGCGCAGAGUGGCCAGCCUCCCUUCAUUACUUCUCCAGGAACCUUCACCAACAGUCGGCAGGGUCCAGGAAAUAUACAAAUGGUAAGUUAAGCUAGAGGAGAAGCAGCUACAAGCUUUAAAGAAGAAGCAAAGACACUAGGGGCAAUCCAGAUCAUGACUGGAUUGAUGCACAUUGACUUCGGAAUUACUUGGGGUUUAAUGGCCUCUAUUUAUAACCAAGAGUUGGGUUUUGCUUCCUUGUCUUUUAUUGACGGAUAUCCAUUCUGGGGCGACCUCUCUUUCAUUAUUACUGGAGCACUCUCUAUUUCGGCAUCCAAGCAGUUUUCCCCUUGUCUGAUAAAAGGCAGCCUAGGAAUGAACAUUGUUAAUUCUGUCUUUGCCUUCAUUGGGGUGAUUCUGUUGCUGGUGGAUGUGAGCAUUAAUGGGCUGCCUAAUCAAGACUACUGGGCAGUGCUUGCUGGGAAAGGAAUUUCAGCCAUGCUGACCAUCUUCUCUCUUUAGGAGUUUUGCAUAACUUGCAUCACAGUCCAUUUUGCCAGCCAAGCAAUCACCAACACCAAUGGGUCUGUCCUUGGUAUUCCAAUUGUGUAUGCAAAUAGUCCCUUGACAACAGGGUGGUCCUCAGUUCCUCCCAGAAAUGAUGGCCACCAAGCUCAUACCACCUAA